AUCUCAAUGGGUCGGACAUGAGUACAUGACGAUGAGGGGCUACAUUUACAAAGCCGUUUCCGAUCAUCCCUGCCACUCUCUUCUCAGCUCACUCUGUCCUCUUCUCCUCACACGCUCCUUCAAAACUUCCGGCUUCCACUCUCUUCCCGUUCUCCCUCUCUGUUCCAGACCCCUUCGAUCAAUCCGUUCUCUCUCGGCCAAGUCCCGCUCUUUCAAAUUCGCAACAACCACCAUGCCCGCACACUCCAGAUCUCUCCAUCAAGCCACUCCCACUUCCGUCGGAAGCGAGGUGGUGCCACCUCGACGACGGUCAUCGCCCCGACAACGGAAUCUACUAGGAACACGAGGAGGCACUGGGUAUCGCCUUCCUCCAUCAGAGAUUCGAGAUAUUGUAGAUGCUCCACCUGUUCCUGUACUAUCAUUUUCUCCCAAAAGGGAUAAAAUAUUAUUCCUCAAGCGAAGAUCGUUACCACCCUUGUCAGACUUAGCAAGACCAGAGCAGAAACUGGCUGGUAUCCGUAUUGAUGGAAAAAGCAAUUCCCGGAGUCGUAUGUCAUUUUACACUGGUAUAGGGAUCCACCGGUUAAUGGAGGAUGGUACUAUUGGACCUGAAAAAGAGAUUCACGGGCUUCCAGAAGGGGCUAAAAUCAAUUUUGUUACAUGGUCAAAUAAUGGUCAUUAUUUAGCCUUCAAUGUCCGAGUUGAAGAGGAGGCCAUCACCAGUAGUAAGUUGAAUGUAUGGAUUGCUGAUGUGGAAACAGGAACUGCUAGACCACUAUUCCAGUCUCCAAAUGUGUACCUAAAUACUAUUUUUGACAAUCUUGUUUGGGUGAAUGACUCAACUCUAUUGCUUUGUACCAUCCCAUUAUGUCGUGGAGAUCCACCUGUGAAGCCUUUGGUUCCAUUUGGACCUAAAAUUCAAUCCAAUGAGGAGAAGAAUAUUAUUCAAGCUAGAACUUAUCAAGAUCUUCUCAAAGAUGAAUACGAUGAGGAUCUUUUUGAGUACUAUGCUACCUCACAGCUGGUCUUGGCUUCUUUAGAUGGGGCAGUGAAGCCUGUUGGGCCACCAGCCAUAUACACAUCAAUGGACCCCUCUCCAGAUCAGAAAUUUAUUCUCAUCACUUCAAUUCAUCGCCCAUUUUCUUUUAUUGUACCAUGCGGAAGAUUUCCUAAAAAGGUUGAUGUGUGGACGGCUGAUGGGACAUUUGUGAGAGAGCUUUGUGAUUUGCCCCUUGCUGAAGACAUUCCCAUUGCAAUCAAUAGUGUACGAAAGGGGAUGCGUUCAAUCAACUGGAGAGCUGAUAAGCCUUCAACAGUUUACUGGGUUGAGGCACAAGAUGGCGGUGAUGCUAAGGUCGAAGCCUCUCCGCGUGAUAUAAUCUACUCACAGCCUGCUGAGCCACGAGAAAAUGAACAGCCAACAGUCUUACAUAAACUUGAUCUUCGAUAUGGAGGGAUUUCUUGGUGUGAUGACUCUCUUGCAUUAGUCUAUGAAUCUUGGUACAAGACGAGGAUUGUUAGAACUUGGGUAAUAUCUCCCGGUUCCAAUGAUGUAAACCCACGAAUACUGUUUGAUCGGUCAUCAGAAGAUGUCUAUUCUGAUCCCGGUUCUCCCAUGUUGAGGAGAACUCCUGCUGGGACUUAUCUGAUUGCAAAGAUGAAGAAGGAAGACAAUGAAAGCACUUACAUUUUAUUAAAUGGAAAUGGUGCUACACCAGAGGGAAACAUUCCAUUUUUGGAUCUAUUUGACAUAAACACAGGCAAUAAGGAAAGGAUAUGGGAGAGUGAUAAGGAACAAUACUAUGAGACAGUAGUUGCUUUGAUGUCUGAUCACUCUGAAGGGGAGUUGUCUCUUAAUCAAUUAAGAAUUCUGACUUCUAAAGAAUCUAAAACUGAGAACACUCAAUACUACAUUCUGAAUUGGCCAGAGAAACAAGCACACCAGAUUACAAAUUUUCCCCAUCCAUAUCCCCAGUUGGCAUCAUUGCAAAAGGAGAUGAUCAGGUAUCAAAGGAAAGACGGAGUUCAACUUACUGCAACCCUUUAUCUUCCACCUGGUUAUGAUCCUUCACGGGAUGGGCCGCUUCCAUGUCUUUUCUGGUCAUACCCCGGAGAAUUUAAAAGCAAAGAUGCAGCUAGUCAGGUUCGGGGUUCUCCUAACGAGUUUGCCGGCAUUGGGCCAACUUCUGCAUUGCUUUGGUUAGCAAGGAGGUUUGCCAUAUUAUCUGGACCAACAAUACCAAUCAUAGGUGAGGGUGAUGAAGAGGCAAAUGAUAGGUAUGUUGAACAACUUGUUGCCAGUGCAGAGGCUGCAGUAGAAGAAGUCAUUCGCCGUGGAGUGGCUAACCCAAACAAAAUUGCUGUCGGUGGUCAUUCUUAUGGGGCAUUUAUGACGGCAAACCUCCUUGCUCAUGCACCACAUCUUUUCUGUUGUGGAAUUGCACGUUCUGGAGCUUAUAACCGAACACUAACACCUUUUGGAUUUCAGAAUGAGGACAGAACACUGUGGGAGGCGACUAGUACAUAUGUUGAGAUGAGUCCAUUCAUGUCGGCUAAUAAAAUAAAGAAGCCAAUCUUGCUUAUCCAUGGAGAGGAGGACAGCAAUUCAGGAACCUUGACAAUGCAGUCAGAUCGUUUCUUCAAUGCCUUAAAAGGUCACGGGGCGCUCUGUCGCCUCGUAAUUCUACCAUUCGAGAGUCAUGGUUAUGCAGCACGGGAGAGUAUAAUGCAUGUUCUGUGGGAGACUGAUAGGUGGCUGCAAAAACAUUGCGUAGCAAAUACGUCAGAAGUCAAUGCAGAUAUCGGUUUAGCUGCAGAAGGUGACACAACCAAAGGAACUGUAGCUCCAGAAAGCCAAGCCGUGUGUUCAGGCCUCCCUUCAGGGGGAGGAGGUGGCAUAUCAGAACUUGAAAGUAACAAUGACAGUUUUCCUUUAUUAUGGAGGUCAUCAAUGUGGNGGGGUGUACACCAUUUUAUGCUCAUCUCCAUCUUCUCAUUUACUCUGAUUUAUUCAAUUUGUUUAGAUUUCACAUAUGAGCUGGAGAUCGGGUUGCAAAUGUGGAAGUGGAUUAGUGCUAUGAGUGACAGUCUCUUCUUGACAACCCCCACUGCUGGUUAUAGAGAGAGGGAAUGUACUUGGCGUAUGGUGUCUUGAUCCUAAAUGCUUUCCUUCUUUGAAUGGUGCCAUUUCAACCCAUUGUUUACUCCCUACUAUUUGCAAAUGAUGAUUAAAUAUUACUCUAUUAUUUUUGGAAUUGUAAUUUUAUCGCAUUGGCAAAAUAUACAAGCACGCCAGGUAGAAUAAAGCGAUGAAAACAGUUAUAUGUAAAUGAUACAGCAAGUCGGAAGCUGCUCCAAUGGAAACCCCGAGAGCUUCGAUGUACUGUACAAUGGAAGAGAAUAGAGAAUAGAAAUGAGUGAUUCUGAGAAGGGGUUUGUAUUAUUUUUCAUGUCUUUCAAUACUGGGGUUACCAACUACUCUUCAAAAUGAUUUACCUCUUUACUAUUUGA